CCCCCACACAUUUUCAACUCGUAUCUUCAAGAUGACUCAGGAUCCAAAAGCAGGGACGAAGCAUCGUCGAACGGUAAUUUCCAGAAGCAGAAAUGGAUGCAUCACGUGUAAGCACCGAAAAGUACGAUGCGACGAAACCACUCCUUCCUGCAAACGGUGCGAGAAAUUCGGUAUCAAGUGUGAUGGAUACUCAAAACCAUGUCCAAAAGCCCCUACAACCGCGGGUCCAAAACCCUUACUUCCAAAAGGACAUUUCAAUUCAAGAACACAACCCCUCAGCUCAGCACUUUUCCGUCAACUCUUCAGAAACGAACAGGAAUACCGCUACUUCAACAUAUUCUGCACCCAAACCGCCCCUCGAAUCUCCGGCCAUUUCUCCACAAAACUAUGGCAAACCCUCAUUCUGCAAACCUCACAAGCAGAAGCCCUCAUCCGACAUGCAGUCAUCGCCCUCGGAGCCCUGAUCAACAAACCUACCUCCUCCUCCCCUUCACUCUCCCGCCGCCAAUUCGCCUUCCACCAAUACCACCUCUCCAUCUCUCUCCUCCGCUCUCAAAUGCUCCGUCCCCAACCCACACACCUCCGCACCACCCUCCUCGCUUGUCUCCUAUUCGCCAUCUUCGAGACUUACAAUGGGUACAUCUCCUCGGCCACCACGCAAAUUUACUCCGGCGUGCGUCUCCUCUCCGACUGGCAAUCCACCCAAAUCCAUCUCACCACCAAAAUAUCCUCGAUCAAGUCGCCUCGCCCCUUAGUUAUCGAGGAUGAACUCAUCCACGCCUUCUCAGAACUAGAAACAGAAGCCAUGUGUCGCCACGACGAGCGCUCGGCGGAACUACACGAGGCGUAUCGGUAUUAUGGACAGAUGUCUAUUGAUACGAUGCCCGCUUCGUUCCAAGACUUGAAGGAGGCGAGAGCGUAUUUAAUCUUGAUCGGGCAGAGGGCCCUGCAUUUGACGGCGUGGAUGAAGCAGAAGAGUAAUGGGGCGCUAGGUUUGCGGAGUCCGGAGGUGUUUCAGAUGAGGAAAGAGACGGAGGAGGCAGCUAUGAGGAUGGGGAUGGAGUAUGAUCGGUGGGAGAGGGCGUUUGAAAAGUUAUGGAGGGGUGGGGUUGGAGUCGAAAAGGGGGUUUUGGCGUUGAGGAUUCAGUUGCUGACGGCGUAUGCUUGGAGGAAUGCUAUGCAGGUUGGGGAGGGUGUGUUUUAUGGUGAUAAUACUGAGUUGUUGACUGAGAUUGUGGAGUUGGCGAAGAGGGUGAGGGACAAUUCUGAAGGGGAACCGGAUGGAGGGUUUGGAUUUGAGGGAGGGUUGAUCACGGGGUUGAGGACGGUGGGGUUUGUGUUCAGACAUCGGAGGCUGAAGCGGGAAGCGAUGAAAUUACUGCUUGAGCGGCCUUGGAAAGAGGGACUUUGGGAUUCUUAUGUGGUGGGAAAAGCGUUGGAGUGGUUGAUUGAUCUGGAAGAUGAGGGUGUGGAUGAUGAUGUGGAGCAUGUCCCCGAAGAGAAGGUACUUAAAGAUUUCACGAUGUCACAGGAUGAAGCGGGACGAAGGACGGUACUUUCUGGUUUGCAGGUGGUUCAAGGGCCAGAUGGGGAGGAGAUGAGAAGGAGAGAGUUGGUUAUUCUAUGGCUCGUGUAACAUUAUCAAUGAAUUGUUUCGCU